AUAUAUAAAGUACGAAAAUAUUUACAAGCAGACGCCAUAUUUUUAACUGCCAACUGCAAUAAUUUUGCCAAAUGAACAGUCAGAAAAUAACAAGAUUUAACGAUCAUAUUGAGAUGACACAUUGUUAAUGUUACAAAAUAUUGUAGAUACGUUAACCAUGGAAGUGUGAAAGAUGUGGUUUAUUAAUUGAUUCAACUAUUCUCCAUUGAAAGAUAUGAGAUGUAGCAGAAGAUGAGUGAUAGUGAAAAUAUAGGAAGUUCAGUGGAUGGUGUAUUGGAAGAUCAGACAAACAAUGCCAGGGAUGAUCAUUCAGAAGAACCAAAUCAUUCUACAGAUUUACCAGAGAAAUCAGACGAAAUUUCAUUAAGUCAAAAUAUUUCUGAAGCAGAGGCUGUUUGUAUAAAAAAUGAUGAGGUAUCAGAGGAGAUUCAUGACAAAACUGACACUUCUCAGGUUUCAGAGAAAUUGAAUAUUGAAGAGGGUGAUGGGGUAAGUGUUGAUGUUUUGACAAAAGAUAAGUCAGAUGAUGUUAAUGAUGAAAGUACUGAGACUUUACCAGAAGACUUUACAGGUUAUGCUCAAACAGAAAAUAUUGAAAAUAACAUAGAAAAAGAUGAACCUGAAACAGCUGCAGGAACUACAGUAGAUCAAAAUAUGUGUGAUAUUGAAAGCCUUUCAGAAGAAACUGACAAAAUCAAUCUGGUUGAUUCAGCUGUUAGUGGAGAAAUCACAAGUAACAUAUGUGAUGAUGGUAUUGAAUCAGAAGGAAAGGUUGAGAAAGAAGUGCCAUCUGAAACAAGUAAUACAAAACAAAGUGAGGAAGUGCCAAUUAAAACAAGUAAUACAAAGCCAAGUCAAGACAUCACUCCCAAAACAACUGAAACAGAUGAGAAGAAAGAGAUAAUAAAAGAAAAGGCUGAAAUAAAAGAUGAAAAGACAGCAAAGAAAUAUGAAUCAUUAAAAAAGUCAUCUUACGAUGAUUCUUUAAGUAAAAAAUUUGAAAAGAAAGAAAACAAAAGUGUAUCUAAGAAACCUGAUGAGUAUUCAUACACUAGAGAAUCACCAUCCCGAAGUCAGCCAAGUAAACAGGACGGUCUACGGAGUAAGACAGACAGCCGUAGUAGUACUGGUGGAAGGGGGGAUGGUAGAGGUUACAAAAAAGAGGAAGAAAGAUAUGACCAGAGGAAGAAAAUUAGUGAUGAUAGAGGAAAACGUUCUGAAGAAAAAGAUUCCAAAAGAUAUUCAGACAGACGAGAGCGGGAAAGAAACAACAGGGAUGAUAAAGCUAAGAGAUUUGAAGAUGAAAGAAGGAGAGAUGACAGAAAUGGGAAAAGAGGGAGUGGUGAUUCUAAGACGAAGUUAAGUGAUGGAAAGAAUACAAAAGACAGUAAUACAAAGCCAUUGAAAGAUAAUGAAAGUGGAAAGAAAUCUGCACCUUUACCAGACCUGAAGUCCAAGCAUGUGAAGUCUGCAUCAGAUCUGGAGGCACAGUGGCAGAAAGAAGAAGAACAGAAAAGACAAAAAGAAGAGGAAGAAAAGAAAAAGGAAGAAGAAAAAAGAAAGGAAGAGGAAGAAAUAAAACAGAAAGAGGAAGAAAAGAAGAAAAAGGAAGAGGAAGAUGCAAAGAAAUUAUUGGAAGAUGAAAAGAAAUGUCUUAGUGACUUCAUUAAAGAAAACAAAGAGAAACAAGAUGUGAAGGACAAAUUAAGAGAGAAAAAUGCAUCAAUAGGAGAAAACAGACCAGAUGAAGCUUUCUUCAGGAAACUUGAUUCCAAUUUGAAGAAGAAUACAGCAUUUGUCAAGAAACUGAGAAAUCUUACUGAAGGUCAGAAAGACAGUCUAGUGAAAGACUUUGAAGCAUUGAACCUGACUAAAUAUGUUGGUGAAGUUGCAGCAGCCAUUACAGAAGCUAAAUUGAAGAUGUCUGACAUUCCAUGUGCUGUACUAAUCUGUAGUUUGAUGUAUCAGAGAUAUACAGACUUCCCCAUUGCUCUGAUGGAAAACUGGCAGAAAUAUUUACUCCAUAAAAAAGAUGAAAAGAUCAGCAAUCCAAGUAAAUACAGGGUUGACUUGAGGUUCUUUGCUGAGUUGGUAUCUGUUGGUGUAAUCAAACACAGAGAAGGUUUGGGACUGUUAGCAAAUCAACUUGGACUACUAAUGAAUAAUGACAAAGACGGACAUAAUAAUCUGUCUAUAGUGACCAGCUUUUGCAAACAUUGUGGUGAAGAUUAUGCAGGUCUGAUACCAAGAAAGUUCAGACUUCUGUCAGAGAAAUAUGGGGGAGACAUUCCCAAAAGAUCAAUGCUGACACCAGAAAGACAAAAAAAUUGUAGAAAUUUGUUUGGAGAUUAUUACCAAUCCCUCUGUAAGCAUCUGAUAAAAGACCACAAAGAACUGAAGUCAGUUGAAAGACAAAACAGGAAAAUCCUUCACACUAAAGGGGAGAUAAGUCAGGAUAGAAAGGAACAUUAUGAUGCAUUACUGACUGGGUACCAGAAACUGUUUACCAACACUUCAGUAUUUGCUGAUUUGUUGGAUGAAGAUUUGCCAGAUUUACCUGAAGAAGAUAUAAAGAGAGAUGAUGAAAGUGGAUUUGAUAUCUAUCACCCAGAAAAAGAUGCUGAGUUUCAGUAUGUUGGAGAUACCACUUUAUUUGAAGAUGAAGACUCCAGAGUCUUCUAUGAAAAUCUACCAGAUUUGAAAGCAUUUAUACCUGGUAUUUGUUUCAAAGACAGUGAACAAGGGACCACAAAAGAACCAGGAGAAGAAGAAAACAUUGAUGAGUUCGACCUAAAGAUUGAAGAUGUAGAAAGAGAAAUGGAAACAGAACAACAGAUUGCAGAAGUAGAGAGUAAAGAGGAACAAGAUGGAAAGGAGGAAGAAUCCACAGAUGUAGAUCUUCUUUUACAGGAGGGAGAGGAGGAAGAUACUGAUACAGGAAGUUUGAUGAAAAUGCAAUUUGAUGCUUAUGUACAGUCCCUUCCCAACUGUGUCAACAGGGAGCUAAUAGAUAAAGCUGCAAUAGAGUUUUGUAUGAACUUCAACACAAAGAUGAACAGAAAGAAAUUAGUAAAAGCUUUAUUUACAGUACAUAGAACUAGGUAUGACCUACUGUCUUUUUAUGCAAGAAUGGUUGCCACUCUGUUUCCCUGUAUGCCAGAUGUUGCUAAUGAUCUGGUGCAGUUACUCAAAGGAGAUUUUCGAUGGCAUGUUAGGAAGAAGGAUCAAAUAAAUAUAGAAUCCAAACUGAAAACUGUCAGAUUUAUUGGAGAGUUAGUAAAGUUUAACCUAUUUCCAAAAUCUGAAGCUUUACAUUGCAUAAAGAUGUUGAUGUUUGACUUUUUCCAUCACAAUAUAGAAAUGGCUUGUGCUUUGUUGGAUAAUUGUGGAAGAUUUUUAUACAGAUCACAAGAUUCUCAUCACAGAACCAAAAUAUAUUUAGAUGUGAUGAUGCGUAAAAAGUCAGCAUUACAUUUAGAAAAUCGCUACACUACUAUGAUAGAGAAUGCAUUUUACUAUAGUAAUCCACCAGAGGUUCAACAGAUGGCCAGAAAAGUUAGACCUCCCAUGCAUGAAUACAUUAGAAAACUACUAUACAAAGACUUAUCUAAAACCACAACAGAGAAGGUAUUGAGACAGUUGAGAAAGUUGAAAUGGGAUGAUCCAGAGAUUGCUUUCUAUGCCACUAAAUGUCUGAUAGCAGUUUGGAAUUUAAGAUACAACUCUAUACACUGUUCAUCUAAUCUAUUGGCUGGUUUGGCCCCAUAUUAUGAGCAUGUUGCCAUUCAGGUAGUGGAUGGUGUAUUGGAAGACAUCAGGUUAGGGAUGGAGGUAAACCACCCUAAAUUUAACCAGAGAAGAGUGAGCUGUGCUAAAUACCUUGGCGAGUUGUACAACUAUAGACUAGUGGAAUCAUCAGUCAUUUUCAAAACUCUCUACUCAUUUAUAACAUUUGGAGUAUCAUAUGAUGAAAAUACUCCUUCUCCAUUAGACCCACCAGAACAUCUGUUUAGAGUCAGAUUGACCUGUGUUAUAUUAGAGACCUGUGGACAAUAUUUUGAUAAAGGAUCCAGUAAGAAGAAGCUGGAUUGUUUCUUACUUUAUUUCCAGAAAUACUAUUUGUACAAGAAGAUGAACUCUAUAUACAAUGAGGAUCGGCCUUUCCCAAUAGAUGUCAAGAACUUAUUUCAGGAUACCAUGGAAACAAUCAGACCAAAGACCAAGCUAAUAAAGGAUCAUGAAGAGGCAAUGAAAGCUAUUGAAGACCUAGAAAAGGAGGUUAAGCCAAAAUUAGCUUCAGUAUUACCCCUAUUGGAUAUAGAUGAAGGAAAUAACAGUGAACCGGAUGACGGAUUAUGUACAAUCCAGGAGUCAGAAGAAAUUGACGAGUUAAGUCAGUCUUUGUCACAGUUAGAGAUGGAUGAUAGCGGAACAAGUCAGGAAGAUGGUUUGAGACAAUAUAGUCAGGAUAUUGAAGCCCAGUAUGCAGAUGAAAGCAACGAGGAGUACAUGUCAGAGAGUGCUGGAGAAGAUUUUGAUACAGAGGUGAAUGUUAUAACCGGUGCUCCAAAGAAUAUCAAAUGUCAAGAAGAUGAUGACUUUCUAUCUGCUUUUGACAAAAUGAUGGCUGACAAUAUUCAGGCUAGAUCUCAGGAAUCAUUAAAAGUACCACAGAUGGACAUUGCUGUUCCAACACAAGCCAAAAGUAAAAAUAAAUAUCUAAAUUAUGAUGAACCAAAAGAAGAAAAAUCUUCCAUUGAGUUUAUGUUGAUGACUCGUAGAGGAAACAAACAACAGUUUACCAAUAUAAAUGUACCAAUCUCAGAAGAAUUUGCAACAAAGUUCAAAGAAAGGACACAGGCUGAGAAGGCAGAAAAAGAAAAGAUGAAACAGGUUGUACUUGGUAUCCAUGAAAGACAGGAAGAAGAAGAUUACCAAGAAAUGAUUGCUUCAAUGAAUAGACAAUUACCUACUGUUAAUGCAAAUAGAGAGAGGAGAGUAAGGUACCAACACCCCAAGGGAGCCCCUGAUGCUGACCUGAUCUUUGGAUCAAAAUAAUUUAGUGUCAUAAAGGUCCAGUUUGGUGUUUCUCGGAACUGAUCAAUAUCAUAUUGAAUGUUUUCUUUCAGAAAACGCUGAGUAAAGCCCUUUGACAAGACUCUCCGUGAAACUCAGUGUCAUAGGACACACACAACAGAAAACCAACCAAUCAGCAGUGAUGAAAAAGAGGGAUCAGUGACAAAUAACCAGAAGAAUAAAACACAAAUCAAAGAAGGACAAGGAUACAGUCGUGAUUAAAUUUGAUGAUUUGAAUUUAUUUCCUAAGCUUGGGACUUAUAUGGGUGCUAUUGUUGCAAUGAAAUAUUUUGUUAUGUUUUUGAAUAGACAUUUUUAAUGUUAUGUUUAUAGACUCUUAUUUCUCAGAUCUUAAAUAACAAACUAGACAUAAUUUCAGAUUUGAUCUUUGUCUCAGUUUAAGAAUUUUACUAACUCAUGAAUUGUUUUUUUUUGCAAUCAUUCUUACAAUUUAGAUAAAAAAUUUAUUCUAUCUCAAUUUGAGCUACACAGUUAAAAAAUUUAUAAUAGUUAAACAGACCUUAUUAUCUGAUUAAGUUAUAUCCAGUCUCUGAGCAAAAUCAAAAAGAGAUGGUUCUUGAAAUCUGAUGGCUUCAUCAUAGUACAAUGUACAUCUAGUGUGAAAAUCAUUGUAAAUGUUUAAUUUCUAGCUGGUUAAAGUUGAAUAUUUCAUGCAUAAUAAAAAUACGAAAAUGUGAAAAAAUGAAACAAAAAUAGAAUUUGUGAAUAGCAGAUAUUGUCAAUUUCUCAGUGUUCUUGAAAUGAAUAAAGUUAAUGACUCAAAGGCUC